AUGAUGUGGGAUGAGCACAUUCCACCAGAGAAUGCUGCUUCUCAAUAUAAUGAAGCCUUAUAUGAACUUCAUGCGAUGCAAGUAAAAUGUGUGCAUGAUAAAGUUGCGCAAAAUGAUGAAGCUUAUCGAAAUAAGCUGAUAAUUUGUGGAAGUGUUUAUAGAAGAAAAGUAACAUUUGAACCGGGAGAUAAAGUUGUGGUUGUACCUGAUUUUGAUAAUAACCAAAAAAUGCGAAAGCGUAAGUUGAAACAAACCUGUAGUAUUACUGGAAAGGUUGUCAGUGUGUGUAGUAAUAACAGGACUGUUAGAGUUGAUGUGAAUGGUGAAAUAAAAAAUUUUGCUGCUAAAAAUUUAAAGAAGCUUCGUGAAUAG